AAGAAAUUGUCCUACACAGGGAACAUUAACGUGUGAACAUUAACAUUAAUCUUGUGGUGGAGGGAAGAUCAUGUGAAAAUAAAAUGUGCAAAAUGUGCAAAACAUGUAUAGUGUCUAAGAAGCACGUGUAGAUUCACGUGUAAAGUCACGUGCGUUUUCUGUAAAGGUGCACUACAAGUGUACACCUGCUGCAGUGUAUUAAAGUAUAGGCAGAUUACAAGAAUUUACAAGUUACAAAGAAGUUACAAAUUGAGUUUGAUAAUCUCAAAACUAAACAGCGUGGGGAAAAUGUGGAAUACAGUUCCAGGGUCUUUAGCCUGUGAACCUCGUAGCUGAUUUGAAUACAAAGAGCAAACGGGCUGCGCGAGCGUACAGCACAGCUUGCCUUGCUAACAGAAGAUUUACCGCUUUAACUUCACUUCGCGUUACUUUUUUUAUCCCUCGAUAAGAUAAGAUGAUCCGAAAAUGUCUUAAAAGAUAACCCCUUUGAUUACGGCGCCGUUGUGGUACAUAAUUUAAUGAGUAUUGUCUUCUGUUUUCAAGCAGCUCUGUUUAGCUGAGCGCAUUCUGUGCUAAGCGCGUCUCCAGCUGAGCGCGCGCUCACAUUCUGCACACUUUGAUCUCGUCGCCAUGGCAGCGGCGCGAGGCGUCGAGCAAACUACCCGGGGCGCGAGGAAGGAGAAAGUCAGCAGUUUGAUUAGUCAUAGUGGAUGGUUUAAUAUAUGUAUUUCCUUUCAUUAAAUCAUGCGCCUUCUGACAUGAGCUCGUGCAUUUUUUUGUUGUUGUUGAACAGUUCAUGUUUCGGAGUUCAGUGUGGAAAUAUAUGUUGAGAUUAUUCGCACAGACUCACACUGAAGCGCACAGACUUGUGGAAAAGUGAAGUGAUCACAGUGAAGGAUGUCACACAGGUCUUAUGGCAGAAUGUGGGCAGAUGCCCAGGGGGCCUUGCAGGAUCUACUGCAAGAAGAGAUGCCCCCGUUGCUGCCCUGUCCACAGAAGGAUCGUUUUCAGGUCUUUCAGACUUUGGCCACUUUCUACCUGCGCUACCUCCAGAUCUUCCGGGGUCUGGAGGCAGCCUAUGACCAGAUCGUUCAUCCCCAGAAGAGACAUGUGGUACGCCACGUCCUGGAAGGAGUCAUGGGGAGAUUGGUGGAGCUGAAGAACGAGAUGGUAGAAUUAGAGUUCUCUGAGUUUCACUAUUUUGACGACGUCCUACAGGACCUGAAGAUGACACCUGAGGACUUGGAGGUUCCCAUCCCACGCUAUUUUGUGAGGGAAAGGAUGAAAGCACUGAAAGAAAGAGAGAAAAUGCUGGCUCAUAUUCUGGCUAAAAAGGCUAACAUAGAACAGGAACCUGUUGCGGUACACAGUAUGACAGUGGAGAGGGCAGUGCUAUUGCUGCAGGUGAGUGAACGUGCGCGGCAGGGACGCCUCAGAGCUCGUUUUAUGAAGGAGAUCCGAGAUGAGGAGAGGAAAAACCAGCAUCAAGUGAUCAACAGCACACUGGAUCCCCAUCUCUCAGCCACUCUCAUACAGAAGACAUGGCGGGGUUACUGGCAGAGGAAGAGGACCAAGAAAGAUCGUCUGGAGGAAAUGAUAUUUUUGGGAAUGAUAGACCCCAAACUCCCAAUACCCAGUCCUGCUCAGCAGCGAGCAAAGCAUGUAGAAAGCAGCAGGCAUCAGAUGCAGGAGCGGCAUGAAGCAGAAUACCAGCAGGCCCUGAUCACCAUCAAGGAGUCUGUUCGCUUGGUAGACGGACCUGACAUAAAGGAAACACUCCAGGACCAGAUACGCCAAUGGUUCCUCGAAUGCCGAGAUGCCACCGGAAAGUUUCCUGAUUUCCCAAGCAGUGAGGAUGGAGGAUCAGCUUCCAUAUUUGCACAGAAGACGCCAGAGGAGGUUGCUGCUGAGCUAGCCGCUAAACAACAAGAGAAGGAGAAGAAGUCCAAGGGGAAGAAAGACAAAAAUGCUGUAAAGGACAAAAAGAAAGACAAGAAGGGGAAGACUAAAAGCAAAGGCGAGAAAGCUGAUACAGCGGAGGAGGAGGAGGGAUGGAAGAUGAGCCCCAGUAACUUUCUGCCAACUGUGGUUGAAGGAGCUAAGAUAUACAGAGAGGUUUGGCAGGCCCGAGACGAGGGCCAGAACUUCCACCAGCGUUUUGAUCCUGAGCUGGUGCGAGAGGAGAAGAGAAUGGAGGUAGAAGGGGAGGUCAGAGUUCAGGUAGAUGAGCUAAUGAGACAGGAACUGAAGAAUCUCAAACUGGUAGUGGACCGGGACAAGGGCAACAAGAAGAAAAAAGGGAAAAAGUCUAAUAAAAAGAAGAAAAAGAAAGCAAAAAAGAGUGGAAAGAAGAAGAAGAAGAAAGAGAAAGAUCUUACAGCAGACAGGACCAUUGAAUCAAUAUACGAGGAGCUCGUUCUGGAAGGCAUCCUGAUGCAACCGAUGACCGUAAAAUUAUGUGAUUACCUCGGGGAAUACAGUUACCUGGGUACGAGCCUGAGGCAGGCAGACAUUGAGCCCAUGCCAUCCCUCUCAGACGUCAGACAGCUCAUUGCUCUGUAUGGCGUGCUGCCUCUGGGCUCUCAGUGUGUACAUGAGAGAGGACCUCUAAUCCGAUCAGUGCUGCUGGCCGGUCCAUCAGGCGUGGGUAAAAGGAUGCUGCUCCAUGCCCUGUGCACCGAGACUGGGGCCAAUCUGUUCAACCUCUCCCCUGCCAACCUGGCAGGCAAAUACCCAGGCAGGAGUGGCCUCCAGUACCUCCUGCAUAUGGUCUUGAAGGUGGCUCGCCAGCUGCAGCCCUCUGUCAUCUGGAUCGGAGACGCUGAGAAAACAUUCUACAAAAAAGUCCCAAAACCAGAGAAAGAGAUGGAACCCAAAAGGCUGAAGAAAGACCUGCCAAAAGUGGUAAAGUCCAUUAAAGCAGAGGAUCGUGUGCUGCUGGUUGGGACAUCUCGCAGACCUUUCGACGCAGAUCUCAAAGCAUUGUGUAAAGUUUACAAAAAGAUCAUCCUGAUUCCCAGACCAGACUAUGCUUCAAGACUGAAUCUAUGGAAAGAGCUGCUCAGGGUGAGAGGUGUUCAGUUCAGCCCCUCUCUGGACCUCAGCUCCUUGGCUAAAGUCACAGACGGCUACACUCAGGGUCACAUCCUGCAGGCUGUGCGGAGUGUCUUGACCUCUCAACGCCUCAGUCGGCAAACCAAGAAACCCCUCACUGCGCUGGAGUUUAUCCCUCCUCUUGCCAGACAAGACCCCAUCUACAAAGAGGAGGAGGAGGCAUUUAAGAGUUGGUACAGCAGGACUCCAAUGGGCAAGAGACGAGCACGGGCAAGAAAAGCAUUUCAAGAAGCAGCAGAGCUGAAAAAAGGAAAGAAGAAACAUGGAAAGGGCUUAAAAUCGACAGCAGAGGCAAAGGGGAAGAAGAAAAAGAAGUGAAUGUUCUGCUGUUUCACUGAGAGCUGUAGUGAUUGUCUGUUCAGAAUAUCAGAACUGUUCCAGUUUAUUCCAGGUCUUUAGUUCCUUUCCUAGAAAAACUUUACAUUUUAUUAUGAUAUUUAUUUAUAUUGUACUGUUAUAUCAUGCUUUAAUGUAAAACCUGAAGACAAAAACUGAACAACUUUGAGGGGAAACUGCAAUUCCUCAUCUGGCCACUGGAGAGCAGCAGCAGGCUUUCUCAUAAUUCUUCACACAGAUUUGUUUAUUUCAUUUACCUCUGUGCUUGUAGCUUAAUAUGACAUGAAUAAAUAUUUUAAUUUGUUCACUAA